AUGCCACCUUCUCAAACUAACUCUGCCCCCGAAGACUACGGCUUGCACUUCGACACCGCGCGGCGCAUUGCCAAUACUGUAGCAGAAGCAACCCGGUCCGACCGUGACACUAUCCCCUUGACGCCAACCACCGGCACCGGCGCCGGUGCUGGCACGCCAUUCAACCUUGGCCUGCCCACCAGCACAAGGUCUGCCAACGAAAGUGCUCACCGACUCAGCCUGCGGUCCUUGCGACGCCUCGCUCGACAGUCUGCCGCCGAGGCACCGGGCGCCGCUGCCCCUGUUCGACAUCCUCACAUGUCGGAUCCUCACACGUUCCCGGAUCUAGGUGGUCCAGAAGGGCAUGGCGAUGCCGCCUUCGACGGUCCGAAUCUCAGGGACAUAUCCAUGCCUCUGACCCAUCCCCCCAAUCGAUGGCCGGUCGAAAACCUACUCGAGUUUGAAUACACGCGCCAUGCGGGCAUCAGUCCCGAGACAGCCCUCGAGCUUGUCGACUUCUCCGCCCUCGUCUACCCUGAGGCGGUCGAUGACAAUCUGACCUGCCCAAUCUGCAAGGCACCCUUCGUUACGCCUGUUACUACCACGUGUGACCAUACCUUCUGCAACGCAUGUCUCAAGCAAGCUUGCGAGGCCAGCCACACCUGUCCCGUCGACAGAAGAACCUUUCGAGUCAAGCAUGUCGCUCCUGCCUCCAGGUUGAUCCGGAAUCUGCUCGAUAACCUUAUUGUCGAGUGUCCAAAUACCGAAAGGGGCUGCACCGAACAGGUCAAACGGGAGGACGUCCUUGUGCAUGUCCACGACAAGUGCGAAUACACCAUGAUGCCCUGUCCGGAUCCUGGUUGCGAUAAAAGGCUCCCUAGGUGGCUGCUCUACCAGAAUGAGUCGACAUGUCUUCACGAGGAGGUGGCCUGCGAGCAUUGCGAAGGCCUCGUCGAGCGCGCCGUUCUACAUGAGCACCUGUCCAAGGCCUGCACUCGGAAUACCAAGGCCUGCAUCUUUUGCGACGAGAUGGUCCCUAUGCCUGCCAUGAACCAGCACGUCCUGGACGAGUGUCUAGAGUUUGCAGCGCCCUGCAAGUACACGGACUUUGGCUGCCGACAGACCGCCAAGCGUCAGCAGCUGCGCACCCACCAUGAGAGCUGCCCCUAUCAGGUCUGCGACGUCAUCGGCCAGACCCUCAAGCGGCAGGAAGCCGAGAUGAAGCGACUGCAGCGUGAGAAUGACAGGCGGGACAAACAGAUCGAAGAGCUGCAGCGUCAGUUCCAGGAGCAGCAAAGCGGCAGCUCCUUAGACAUCAUGCGCCUGAGCCCCUAUAGUCGUAAGAUCGGAACCGCCGAAGAGGCUGUCAUGGGUGUUUACGAAGACGUCGAGCGUCGCAUCGAAACAGUCAAGAAGGACCUGACUGAUCUUGAGGGCCGGCAAACGGUGAUGGUUCUCAACGAGGUAAUGCCCAUUAAAAACGAGAUCACGGAAAUACGAAGCAACCUUGGCAUCCUAAAGAUGCACGUGGCCUGGCUCAUGAAUAAAAGCCGCGAAGAAGUAGAGCGCAGUCGACUGGCAAAUCGGACCAUGGGGGGUGCCUCGGCCGCUGGCUCUGGAGGUUCUUCGAAUACGGGGGGAAGCAAUGGUAGCGGGGGAGCGGUCAGGAUAGUCGGCCGUGGGAGAGGGGGCUCGGACAGCGAGGCAGAGGGUCCAUCAACUCUGAGAAGAUUGAGUGAUGGGUCUAAUGGCGUCCCGCGGCUCUGA